AUGCCGCCCCGAAGGCAGUGGAUUGACCCAAAAACCGCGACGAAAUAUCAGCUCUUCCACCGAUCGCAAAAUGACCCCCUGAUACACGAUCCAGAGGCGGAUGACCGGGUGCUGCACCAGGUCUCUGGCCCUAGGCAGCCCGCCGCAUCAAGUUCGUCGUCGUCAUCGUCAAAGAAAACCUCUAGGAAUCUUGCAGACUUGGAGAAGGAAUUCGGGUCGGAAAACAUCCGCAAGAAUGAGGGAGAGGCUGCUAAUUACGGUAUCUUCUUCGACGACACCAAAUAUGACUACAUGCAACAUUUGAAGGAGCUGGGCACUGGUGGUGGGAAUUCCCACUUCGUGGAAGCAAAGCCCGCCAAAGGCAAAGGCAAGGGGAAGAAAUUGGAGGAUGCUCUGCGGGAGGUGUCACUGGACGACUCUGCGAGUCAGUUUGGGGGAAGCGCAUACGGAUCCGAGUACGGCGGCAGAGGUUACGCUCGAUCAACGGCGUCAUCAUACGUACGGAAACCCUCGUAUCAGGACCAGCAGGACAUUCCAGAUGCAAUCGCAGGGUUCCAGCCUAAUAUGGAUCCCCGUCUCCGGGAAGUAUUGGAAGCUCUUGAUGACGAAGCUUAUGUCGAUGAUGAGGAUAGCGAAGAUGUCUUUGGCGAGCUCACGAAAAACCCCGAGGAGAUGGACCAAGCUGAAUGGGAAGAUACCCUGUUUGAUGAGGAGGACGAAGAUGGAUGGGAGUCAGACGUCACAGAGAAAGCCUAUCCUCAGAAGGAGACGACCGAUGUUCAAUCGUCAUCCGUCGAGGAAAAGAAAGAGCAAGAGCAAGAGAAAGAGAAAGAGAGCACCCAAGAGGGCUCCACUGAGAACAAGGAUCAUCCCGAACUGCCAGACCAUGACAAACCUGUGCCUGACAUGAAACCAGAGGACGCGGAGUGGAUGCGUGAAUUUGCCAAAUACAAAAAGGAUGUCAAGGCCCAGAAGGCCCAGAAAGGCCGUGCAGCCGCCGCUGAUGAAGCCUCUGAACGACGCACAGCCGCAUCUACUCUAUUCACCAUUGGAGGCACUCCAGUCCGGAGGAAGAAACGGAAGGGAGCCCUGACCAACCCAUCUACGUACUCCAUGACGUCUUCCUCGCUGGCCCGGACCGAGCAUAUGAGACUUCUCGACGACCGGUUCGAGCGGAUCGAGGCCCUGUACAAACUCGACGAAGAAGGGGAAGAAUACGACGACGGCGCAUCCAUGGUCAGCGGGAUGACCGGCAUGACCGGCAUGACCGGCAUGACCGGCGUGUCGGGCGUGUCAUCACAAGCGCCAAGCCUGAUCUCUCAGGGCGGACGGCGGUACCACGACGUGCCCCUGCGGAGCGAUUUCGACGAGGUGAUGGACAGCUUCCUCUCCGGCUGGCAGGAUCGGGGCGCCCAGGCGAAGCGGAAGGGCGCCAAGGGCAAACGCGGUAGGAACGGCAACGAGAAAAUCGGCAUGCAGAUGCUGGACGAGAUCAGGAAGGAGUUGGGACCGGCCAGGAUUCCCUCUGGCAAGGUCUCUGGCAAGGCAUAG